ACAUGUCGUUCUACUUUAUUCAGCAACUUUGGUAUAUUAAUCCCUCUCUAUACAUUGUCUCACGCCACUAAUGCUUGAUGUUCAUUGGUUAAACAACUAUAGUUACACAUAGAUGUUAAUUACUGAUUGGUUGUCAUGCUAUAAGCAUCUUUAGCUAAGGUGUGCCAAAUUAGCAAUUCCCACAACGUGCUUGGCAUCUGGUCUCUUCUUGGCACCAUGCUCAUUCUUCCUUGUUGUAUCCAUUCGAGGAUGGUACAUGGUCUAUCUUGUUCCGAGGACAGUACCCGGUCUUCAAAGUAACUCUGUAAUCUGCAGGCCAGGGUUGCCCAACUCAUGUAGAAGUGUAUCAUGGCCUUGCUCUGCUAAACACCCUUCCGCAGAAAAUGAAAUGUCAGUGCCUUCCUCAGUGCCCCUCCUCCUGCUCCUCCUACCCCAUCUGUCCUGUACAAGCCUGUGACUCAGUGGUCUUGUGUUGGCAGGCUUUAGGAAGCAGGAAUCUUGUGUUGGACCAGUAGCUGUCAGUUUUCUGAGUCUAGCACAUCCACUCAGCACAUGGUGAGAGGGAGGCUUGCAUGUGGAGCUGCCAUGUUUAGCAGCACUUCCGACUGUGGGUACUUUAUGCCCUGCAACAGGAUUGUCCCCUUGGUAAGCCUUCUCCUUUGAUGUUCACCUGCCUCAUCCAUUUUCUAAACGCUUUUAGAAGGGCUUCUAUCUUUAAAAAACAACAACAACAACAAAAAACCCAACCAAACAAACAAUUAAAAAAAACACCAAAAACCAGGAUGCAGCCCAUAAAAGCUCGUUCAGCUUUUUCUGGGGACAAGAGGGAAGAGAAGGCAGGCCGAUGCAUUUACUCCUAUUUUUCACUGUGCUUUUUCUCACCCUGGCAGCGGCAGAAACGGGCUGGUUACAGCCUUUCCAACCGCAUGCAUGAGCAUAGGAUUAGUUGGGCUGGGGGCGGCAGUCUCCUUUUUCUUUCGCUAAAGCCAGACGCAAGAGGAAAGCAGCCCUCCCCUUCCAGACUGCUUUCGGUUUCCAUUCUUCAGCUGGACUGAAGUUUCUUUUUCCCGGUCGCUCCCUGCUCGGGGGCGGUUCACUCCGUAUCCACCCCCUACCAACUCUCUCCGUACCGCGGUUGUUGCGGACCCUGCGCACGCAGCUAGGGCCGCGGCACCUGGAUCGGCACCGGGAUCGGCACCGGGAUCGGCACCGCCGGCGGCGGUGCUUUGGCGGCGUGGCCAUGACGGCGGAGGAGAAGCGGAACCUGCGGUGCUACAGGCGCUACAUCGAGAGGAGCCUGAACCCCGUGUACAUCCUCAGCAACAUGACGGAAUGGCUGUCCGACGAGGUGAAGGAGAGAGUCCGAAAGGAGGAGGAGAAGGGCGUGACGGCGGCCGCCGCGCUGUUCCUGGAUGCCGUGCUGCUUCUGGAGGCGGAGGGCUGGCUCCGGGGCUUUCUGGAUGCCCUGGUUGCAGCAGGUUACACUGGACUGGCAGAAGCAAUUGAAAACUGGGACUUCAGCAAACUGGAAAAACUGGAGCUGCACAGGCAGCUGUUGAAGCGGAUAGAAGCAACAAUGUUAGAAAUUGAUCCUGUAGCAAUCAUGCCAUACAUAAACACAUGCCUGAUAGAGAGGGAGUGUGAUGAGAUACUGCAGAUCAGUGAAUACAGAAGCAAGGCAGCCGGGAUAACUAAACUCAUUGAAUGCCUGUGUCGCUCGGAUAAGGAAAACUGGCCCAAAAGUCUUCAGCUGGCAUUGGAUAAUGCAGGAUAUUACAAUGCAAGUGAACUGUGGAAUAUAAGAGAAGAUAAUGGCAAAGACAUUGAUGGUGAAAUGACAGAUGACUCAGAGAAUUACUUUGAAACCAUAAUGACAUUUUCUGAAGAAGCAGAAUGUGAUAAUCUGAGCGAAAAUCUCUCUUCAGCUUCAGAAAGCCUCUAUGAGUCUUCAUCUGUUUAUGAACAAAAGCCUCGGAGCUAUCAGAUUGAGCUUGCACAGCCUGCUAUUGAUGGGAAAAACACACUGAUUUGUGCCCCCACAGGAUCUGGAAAAACUUUUGUGGCACUUAUGAUUUGUGAACAUCAUUUGCAAAACGUUCCCUCAGGACGAAAGGCAAAAGUUGUCUUCCUUGCAACCAAAGUGCCAGUGUAUGAGCAACAGAAAAAUGUAUUCAGGCAGCAUUUUGAAAGAAGUGGAUACUCCGUUCAAGGAAUUUGUGGUGAAACAGUUGCAAAUAUCUCUGUAGAAAAUGUUAUACAGGACAGUGACAUCAUUGUGCUAACGCCCCAGAUUCUUGUGAAUAGCAUGGAGAAAGGGAUCCUUAGCUCCCUCUCCAUCUUCACGCUGAUGAUAUUUGAUGAGUGCCACAACACGACAGGAAACCACCCUUACAAUGUGUUGAUGACCAGAUACCUGGAUCAGAAAUUUGACUCCUCUGCAAACCAGCUGCCUCAGAUCGUAGGUUUAACUGCUUCUGUUGGAGUUGGUAAUGCCAAGAGCGCUAAUGAAACUGUAGAGCACAUCUGUACCCUCUGCUCCUACCUUGACAUACAGGCCAUUUCCACUGUCAGAGAGAACAAAGAAGAUCUGCAGAGGUUUGGAAACAAGCCAGAAACACAUAUCAGAUGGGUUAAAAUGCGAGCUCAGAAUCACUUUGCAGACAUUAUCUCAGGUCUGAUGUCUGAGACAGAGGUGUUGAUGAGGAAGAUUUACUCAGUGGAUACCAUAUCCCAAAUCAACAAGAAUUACUUUGGAACACAGAGAUAUGAACAGUGGAUCGUUUCCACUCAGAAGAAAUGCAGACUAUUGAAACUGGAAGAUAAGGAGAAGGAGAGCAGUAUUUGUAGAGACCUUUUCAUUUGUACUGAACACUUGCGGAAAUUCAACGAUGCUCUCAUUAUCAGUGAAGAUGCCCGCAUUGAAGAUGCUUUAGCCUACCUAAAUGAAUUUUUCAAAAAUGUAAAAAAUGGACCCUUUACAGAGUUAGAGAAGCAGCUGACGGAGAAAUUUCAAGAGAAAGAACUAGAGCUGACUGCCCUUUCAAAAGAUGAGUCAAAUGAGAAUCCAAAGUUGGAAGAACUUGCUUGCAUCCUGGAUGAAGCAUACCACUAUAACCCACAGACUCGUACUAUUCUCUUUGCCAAGACAAGAGCCUUAGUAGCAGCUUUGAAGAAGUGGAUAGAAGGAAACCCUCUUCUUAGCCACAUAAAGCUGGAUGUGUUGAUGGGUAAGGGAAGAAGAGAUCAGAAAACAGGUAUGACCCUGCCAAUGCAGAAGGGUGUACUGGAUGCAUUCAGAAAUGACAAAGACAUCAGACUGCUAAUUGCUACAUCUGUUGCUGAUGAAGGCAUUGAUAUUACUGAGUGCAACCUUGUGGUGCUCUAUGAAUACUUUGGUAAUGUCACCAAAAUGAUCCAAGUCAGAGGUCGUGGAAGGGCAAGAGACAGCAAGUGCAUCCUUGUGACAAGCAAAACAGAAGUGGUUGAGAAUGAAAAACUAAACAGUUACAAGGAAGAAAUGAUGAAUGCAGCUAUUGAAAAUCUACAGAACUGGGAUGAAACAACGUUUGCAAGAAAGAUAUAUGGCCUGCAAAUGAAGGAAAAGAUGCUACGAGAUUCCAGGAAGAACAAAACAAAACCUGAAAUAGUGGAAGGGAAAAAAAAUCUUUUGUGUGGAAAAUGCAAAGCAUAUGUCUGCAGUACAGAUGACAUCAGAAUUAUAAACGAAUCUCAUCACACUGUCUUAGGUGAUGCGUUCAAGGAGCGUUAUACAACAAAGCCCCACAGGAAACCUUUUCAGUUUGAUGGCUUUGAGAAAAAAAGCAAGAUGCAUUGCCGAAAUACUGAGUGCCAGCAUGACUGGGGGAUCACAGUGAAGUACAAGAUAUUUGACAAUCUACCAGUGAUCAAAAUCAGAAGCUUUGUACUAGAGGAUGUUGAAACUGGGACACAAAUGGAUUUUCAGAAAUGGAAAAGUAUUAAUUUGUCUUUGAAGAAGUUUGAUGAAGAAACAUCCUGAACUCAACCUUUUAAUGGAUAUAUUGUUCCAGGGCACUAUGCUGAAAUAGCAGCAAUGAUCAAUGAUCAAUUUUCUAUAAAAACUUUCGUUCUUUAUGCUAGGCCCCUCACCCACAUCUGGCUAGAUUAUAAAAGGCUAGUAAAGCUACUAAACCAAAUAUUUGCUAUACAAUGAAAUAUUUCACCCAAAGUUUUACUAGGAGGACAAAUAUGUGCCUAGGUGUCUAGAUACAAAUAAUUAUGGCUAUGAGCAACCUGGUCUGAAAAAAAAUAAGAUCAAGUUGAAUGACUAACUAAACAUCCAACUUUAAGUAACAGCCUACAUGUUCAAGAACUGAGGUGUGAACCAGCAUCUUCUUUGAUACUACUAACGUGUUGUUGGAUUGCACAUCCUUGUGAACAACAUGGCUUACUAGCACUUCAGGCAGUACUCUAGCUACUUUUGAAACUUUUAAAAAAGUUACUUUUAAUGUUUUAGACGUUGAUACAUAAAAUUGAAAGAAAAAUGUCCAGUAACUUUUCUAUAAGGAAGAAUCUACAUCUCCUAAAUCUAUCUUUAAUAGGAAAUGCUUCUGCAACAGUAAGAAAUGCAGUAGGGCAGAGCCCUCUUGGGGAUUCAUCCUUGUGAUUAAAAUGGUAGCACUUUUUUAUAUCACUGCACCUUAAUCAAGUUGCUGUUGCUCAAACUGGGCACCCUCUUGUGCUGCUGAACUGAACAAGUCCUAACAGGGACAAAUUGCCCUGGAUGAAGGGAGGAGGUUCAGUUUUGAUGGGGAUAAGCACUUACCUAGAUGCCCUGUUUCAUGGAUUGUCACCUAAAAUCUCUCAAGACACUGUAAAUACUGUAAGCUUCCUGUCAGAUCUAGCUGAUCUAGCAUUCUUACAAAGUCUACGCAUUAAUGUGAUCAAAUCUGUCCUCUUUACCCAGAUCUCAGACUUCUCUGGGAAAAACAGAAAUUCCUACAGUUAUGAAAUGUUGUACUUGAACACUUAAAAGCACCUGUUGAUUCCACACAUCUUCAAUGAGCUUAGUAUUCAGUAUUUCUAGAACCAAAACCAAAUGUAUUUUAAGGUUGCUUUGUGCAUUUGACAAUGUGGUAAGGUAUGUAUAUGCAAGAAUUAUGUUACAAAACACUGGAAAUGAUCAAAAAAAACCCCAAAACCAAAACACAAUCCCCUCACCCCAAACCUAAUUUAAGAGUUAAAAAAAUGAACCUAAAUUUAUGAGUUCAAAAAUUAAUUUAAACUGCCUAAAUCCUUCUCAGUGAGGCUUGUGGUGUUCUUGUAAAGUGUUGUGUGGCAUUAAAAGCAAAAGAACUUUGUAA